GGAUUCCUCGGCCAAUGUUCCGACGUGCUCUCCUCUCCCUCUCUUCCCUAUUCUCCAACUGUAUGUGUUGCAAAACUUGACCUGUCCCUUUCCUUUUUUUUUUGCAGUCAAAAUCCCAACACCUAACCGUUUUAGUGUGAGUGCUGUAGUGAAGGGUCAUCACACGGUGUCUUUUAUUUGACAUUUGGUUUCCAAUGGCAACUGGGUUUUCAAACUUUCGCUUUCCAUGUUCCUCUUGACCACUGUAACUGCAGCAAGAAGCUCCUUCAAAAGGGUUGCUAGGUUGGUUUCUGCAUUCCCGCUGUCUGGUGGUCCUUCUUCCUUUACUUUCAUUUAUGGGGAAGAUCACGACUUCUGCAACCCAACCUGUAUCUCAAGAAGCUUCCAAUUAUGAUGAGGUUUUUAUGCAGCAGAGCUUACUCUUCGAUGAUAGUUUGAAGGAUUUGAAGAAUCUGAGAGCACAAUUAUAUUCAGCAGCUGAAUAUUUUGAACUCUCUUACACCAACGAUGACCAAAAGCAAAUAGUGGUAGAAACAUUGAAGGAUUAUGCCAUCAAAGCCCUAGUAAAUACAGUGGACCAUUUAGGUUCUGUGACCUACAAAGUAAAUGAUCUGUUGGAUGAAAAGGUCGUUGAAGUUUCUGUUGCAGAACUAAGAGUAUCUUGUAUUGAACAGAGAAUAAAGACUUGCCAAGAGUAUAUGGAUCAUGAAGGGCGUACCCAACAGUCAUUGGUGAUUAGUACUCCAAAAUAUCCCAAGCGUUAUAUCCUGCCAGUUGGGGAGACCAUGCAUGGUGCCAACUACACAAAGUCAAAAUAUGAGGGUUUAAACCUAGAUGAUGAAGAUGACUGGCCUCACUUUAGGAAUGCUGUUCGAGCUACAAUUAGAGAAACACCACCUUCUACAGCAAGAAGAGGGCGUUCUCCGUCACCUUCUUUACAACCUCAGAGAUCUGGAGCUUUUUCAUUCACUUCUUCUUCAACCUUGCCUAAAAAAGAUUUAGAGAGGCGAUCGGUUUCACCAUACCGGUUCCCCCUUCUGCGCACCGGAUCUCGGUCAAGUAGGCCUACUACACCCAAGAUAAGUAGACCGACCACACCAAAUCCUAGCAGACCCACCACACCAAAUCCUUCCAAUGCAAGACAAAGGUACCCUUCAGAGCCACGGAAAUCAUCUUCUAUGCGAUUAUAUGCCGAAAGAGACCCUGCCAAAGACGUAGAACAGUACCCCAGUAAGAGUAAACGUCUCCUGAAGGCCUUACUAAGUAGGCGCAAGUCUAAGAAGGAUGACAUGCUAUAUACAUACUUGGACGAGUACUGAUACGGUAGAACCUAUAGAAAGCAAGGGAAAUAUUCAAAUAUGUCAUAGAAUCUUGGAAACAAGUCAAAUUUUGCUUGCUAGUUUGAUAGGCUGCACUUCUUUGUCGUUUAAAUGAACAUUUAUACGGUAUUUUUCCUUUGUCUUUGUUUUACUUUGUGUAACUAAGCACCCCAAAUUAUGAUGUGUGAUAGUAUAAUAGCUCAAGCGUUGUUUUGAACAAUGAAUGUUAUAUAAUCAAGUAAAGUUGGCAUCAUUUAUCU